GCGUCAGUGAGAGAACAGAAGAGCUCACAUCAGUUUCUUUAACAUCAGCCAUGCUGUCUGUGACUCUGAUGCUGCUGCUGCUAGUUGGAUCCUGUGUGUACAGUAUUGAUCUCAUCCAGUCAGACUCAGCGGUUGUGCAGCCUGGACAGUCGGUAACCAUCACCUGUCAGGUCUCUGGUUAUUCUUUGACUGAUCGCAACUAUGCGACAGGUUGGAUCAGACAGAGUGAAGGAAAAACUCUGGAGUGGAUUUUGCAUCGGUGGGGUAACGGUGACAUGGCUCAAAACAAUGCUCUGAAGAACAAGUUACUCCACCACACGUACACUUCUAAUUCAUCUGUAACACUAACAGGAGUAAAUUUGCAGCCUGAGGACACAGCUGUUUAUUAUUGUGUGCGUUUUUGGUGGAACGAUGGCUACUUUGACUACUGGGGGAAAGGAACACAAGUCACAGUAAUUUCUGAAACUAAAACUGCACCCACUGUGUUUCCUCUGGUACCAUGUGGUUCUGAAAGUGGAGAUACGGUCACUCUUGGCUGCCUUGCCACUGGCUUUAACCCUCCUGCAGUGACUUUCUCAUGGAACAAAGACAGCAAUCCCUUGACAGACUUCAUCCAGUACCCUGCAGUACAAAAAGGCAAUGUUUAUACUGGAGUCAGUCAAAUCCAAGUGAGCAGACAGGACUGGGAUGGACAACAGAAUUUUCAAUGUGCUGUGAACCACACUGCUGGAAAUGCAGAGACUCCUAUCACAAAACCACAGAAGGUGUCUAAGCCGAAUCCACCUGUGAACAACACAGUAGAGCCAACAGUAGCAGUCUACAUCCCCCCACAGCUGCACACUGACCUAUAUAAAGAAAUCACUCUGGUGUGUCUGGUCACCAGUACUGUGGAUGAGACAUAUAAAAUCGAAUGGUCAGAAAUGUUUGGAAAGACACAAGGACCUUAUGCUACAGCCACCGACGUCCCUGCACAGCAGAGCAAAAAUGACAAGAAAUGGCGAAGUAUGAGUAUUUACACCACCAGUAAGGCAAACUGGGACAAAAAAGGUCCAACCAAAGAAUACACCUGCCGUGUCGGAGUCGGACCUAACCAUAUUUCAAAAACAGUGUCCAGCGCCAUUGCUGAUUUUUGUGAUCUGAGUUGGGACGAUAUCACCGCUGAAGACGAUUUUGGCAGCCUGUGGUCCACAGCUUCCUCCUUCAUAUUUCUUUUUAUAGUCUCUCUCUUCUAUAGCAUAAUUAUCAGCCUUCUUAAGAUAAAGAGAUCAUAACAAAUGGGAUGGAAUGGGUGCGCUUCAUUUCUACUCUAUUUUUAAAAUAUAUUUUUCAUUUUCUUUUUAUGCACAUAAUCAUUUAUUUGUUAUAUUAAAUGCCUGUCAUAUAUAAAUAGUCAAUUAACACAUCUGUAAAAUGUGUAAAAUAGAUAAAUAAAACGAAACUGCAUAUUA